CACAAGAAGAACGUGAAACCCGCUCCAAAUAAGAUGCCGCGGACCGAUGUCGGUGUUAAUUGAUCUGGUUAUUCUGUUGUAAGAAAAGGAAACACCACACUGCGGCAUAAUUUCAUUUUUGCCCCGCGGAGAGGAGGAUGGUGUCUGGGUUGUCAUAACUUUAGACUCGUUGCUUUUCCUUGGCACGCGCACUGAUCCAGUUGGUGAGGGCAGCAGUUGCAGGGUUCUGCAGUUGCAGGGUUCUGAUCCUCGAGAUGACGGAAGUGGUAGAGCCCAAGCUGGACUUUGCAUCCUCGGGUCGCUCGGGGAGAAGGAACGCCCUACCUGACAUCCUGGGUUCACCGGCUGGGGUCAACCCCACUGACCUUCCACUCAAACUGGCCGAGCUCAACCUCACAGAUGUUCAGGGAGAAGCCCAGUCUCCCACGGCGGAGGAGGCCCCACCCCCUCCAGAGAGCUCUGAGGGAAAUGAGGGAUCAUAAGGCUGCCUGGUGGGGGUCUAACUAGCCCCAAUGUUUACCUCUUGUGAGGCUGAUGAGAUAACUGUAGAAGAGGAAUGGAGGGGUAGGACGAUACAGAAGGACCCAUGAAGGAGUGGUGGGCCUGUUUGAACAGCAGCUGAGCUACAGGCAGGGAUGAGCGGAGAAAGGGUGGGAGAGAAGGUUAGAAGGAUGGACAGAGAACUGUCUCUAUCACACAAUCUGAAAAGGCUUAAGAAAAGCGUUGGUGUGUGUGGGUGGACAGAUCACCUCUACUCCCACACACACUGCCAUGAGAAACAAAGGACAUAUGCUGAUUAUAUACUGUUGUGCAAAACGGAGAAGUCUCAAUUGAAAAAAUGUCAAAUGUCAAAUUUCCUGCUGACGUCUAUAACAGGUAGGACGAUGGGCGGAUCCUAGUGGCCUAUAGUGGUUCUGAGCUUUCUGAUUGUUCUGGAAGAUAUAAGGUGAUAAUGUAUUAUAAUGUACUAGAAAUGUUUGAAGAACGAGGGGAGAGUGAGUUAACUGUAUAACAAGGGGUAGCUGGCUUCCUCUUUCACACAGACAUUUGAUGUAAGUAUGAAUUCAGAUCUGAGACUUUAAUACGGAUGGCAGCGUGGUGUGUACAGCAUAAAUGGGUUUAUAAACGUUGUUAGUGGUUUUGAUGACAACCAAUGGGGCUAUAAUGCUAAUGGGCUGAGAUGAAGACGAUGACUGAUGUGAUUGUGACCUGAAGUGUUGAUGUGUUUAUUUGCAAAGGUUAACUAGAAGCUAAAGCUAAUGUUAUGAGUAGGAGGACAAUCCAAUCCCUGUCUUUUAAACAUUCCUGACAUCAACCUAAAAUGGUUUCUCACUGCCAACCAUGUACUGUUCAAACACUCCUCUGCUGUUGGUGUACUUCUAUCCCGGAUUUAUCCCGGUGUAGGCUCAGACUUUUCUGUUUCCAUCUACGUGGGCCGGCACCCGUGUCUCACUGGGCCAUGGCUCCAGCGGACCUGCACUCACUUGGAGCCGAAGCCAGGCUGCUGGUACUUUUCAGAUGGCAUUUACAUAACAAUGGCUCACUGUGAACUUUAACACCUUCUCACAAAGCUGCUGUUUGGAUUAGGCAGAGGUUGUUGAUUCUUCUGUUCACAAGUCCUCAGUGUCAGCACUAGCUAUGGAAAUACACUUUGGCUAGAAUAACACAAGGGUGUAUACACUCUUGUAACAUUGGUGUUAUGGUUGAGAAAACAGCAUGUGACAACUGCUGUUGUGUUAAUCUAUUCAGCUCAAGGCUGUCUUUCGUUAAAAGGCUUUCUAUUUGCCCAGACUCCUCUGAAAAUGUGCCUGGUAACAGUUUACAUGGAAACCUGUUUUGUUGUGUUCUAUAGCUCUGUGUGAAGUGCUGUUCAACAGUAUUUGGGCUAUUGACACAUACAUGUAAACACCUUCUUUUUUUGUUGUUGUAGAAGACGUGCCUACCAGGUGUGUACAGUACAGAGAAAUGUCACAUUUAUAACCAGAACACUACUAAAUGCAAUGUUACCGAUGUAUACGCUCAAAGACGAAUACCACCCACACCCACAGCAAGGCCUUGGAGAUGGAACGCUUGUGCACGUUUCCCAGUGUGGUCGGCAUAUGCCUGUGGUCUGGGUAUGGGAGCAAGCACCAAGCAACACCGCCACCAAAGUGUUGCAUCACGUCUGGAGCGUCCUUUCUGCCUCCUUCUGCUCCACUCAGCCACUGACGGACUGGGACCAUAAAUCAGCCCCAGCAUUUGUAACACACAGGCCCUUUUUUUCUCCUGGAGGCCCCUAUUGUUAGCCAAAUAAUGGUCAUUCUGCGUAAAAAAUGACAAUUUAGACAAGCCCACUUGGCUAAAGAUGGACCAUCCGGCAUUUUCCCGAACUGCCCUAUGGCCAGUCCGUGCCUGCACUACUCUAUCUCUUACUCAUCAAAACAAUAGAGCUAGAAAUGCAUGAUCGCAACUGACUGAUGAUACAGUAUGAAUAUGAACACUGAGGACCAGAUGCACGGUGAACAGCAGACUGAUGAUACAGUAUGAAUAUGAACACUGAG